AUGUCUCUGGAGGACCCGUUCUUCGUGGUGAAAGGGUGAGUGGCAGCCACUCCCACGGCCGCCGCAAACUCCGUCUUUCCUCGCCCCUGGUGGGGAUAGGCGCCGCAGCAAGGCAGCCUGGCCCCGCGUGGGUCUGCGAGCGUGGGAAGCGUCGGGUAACGCGGGGAUGUGGAGGCGGGGCGGGGGCGAGAAGCUAGAGAACUCUGAUUAGAAACCCGCCUCAGCUAAGGAACUUCGUCGAAACUCCGUUUAUUAGCCGGUCCUAAUAAAGGCACUGCCCUACUUCUAUAUUAUUAUUAUUAUUAUUAUUUUAUUAUUAUUAUUUUCCACCCUAAUGGAUCAAACUCUCACGAAAGCCGCCACAGGGUCACAGCAAAGCGGAUGCAUUUCAGCCUCGAAUUUGGGACUCUAUUUAGGGUUCUUGCUACAACACACUUUAUAAAUUUUAUGGACCGCUCAUAUUUGGGGAACUGUGGACAUUACUAAAAAUUAUUGUGCACAAAUAUUCCACGAUGACAGAAUCGUGUGUCUGAACAAGCUACAGCCCCCAAAAUAUGUGUCUGUGACAAGUAAUCAGUUUCUGUAGCUGAGUAUACUUACACACACACACACACGAGACUAAAAAAGGAAGUUACUUUGUAGAAAUGGGGCGGGGGGGGGUUGGUAAAAUAUUUUGCUUGACACUUGCACUUUGAAAGAAUUGCUGAGUAGGAUAACAAGGGAUUAUAAUAACCACUGGGAAUUAGUGAUGUUUUCCAGUUUCAUAUUUCAUAUUUAACAGACUAUUCUCAAAAACCCUUGAAUAUACUUGGUUGCGAUUUGUCCCUUGAUCUCCUUCCUCAUAUUGUCUUACUGAUCUGGUGAAUGGUGGGACUCUAUAUAAUUUGCCAGCUUGAAGGAACACUCUUGAGUUUUGGCAGCUGGAUCUCAUAGAUGGGAACAAGGAGAUCUAGAGUUCUGUGCUUUGCUCUCUCUUUAAAUCUACUGUUCUUUGUUUGGAUGAUGAAAACAGACCUAUGCCUCCCUUUCACCACACUUAUCCUCUGUGAACAUCCCAUUUUAUAGCAGACAUGGGAAACCUAUGCCGCUCCCCUGGGCAGAUGUUGUUAGACUCCAGCUCCCAUCAGCCUCAGUCGGCAUAGCCAAUGCCCAGGGAUGCUGGGAGCUGUAGUCCAGCAGUAUCAGGAGGGCCACACUUCUGCUAUAUAAUUGCAGUAAUUUUAACAGUGCCUUAUCUCAUUCACUGCCACAGUAGCCUUUCCAGUACUGUACAGAAUUAGAAGGAAUGGAACAGAGGCGGCUGGAAGAGAUGGCCAGUUGUAGGCUAACUACUAGUUUGCAUCUUUCAGACACCACUAUUUGUUUCUGUCGUUUAAUUAAAAAAUAAAAAAAAUUCAAUACUGGGUAAAAUCCAUUAGCACCACCUUCUGGAAUAAUUCAAACACCUAGCAACAGAACCACUGGAAUGUGGUACCCCCGGUUUGGAGGUUGAUUGUACUGAAGGUGCUGAGAGGUCUAGGACAGGCAUAGGCAAACUCGGCCCUCCAGAUGUUUUGGGACUGCAACUCCCAUCAUCCCUAGCUAACAGGACCAGUGGUCAGGGAUGAUGGGAAUUGUAGUCCCAAAGCAUCUGGAGGGCCAAGUUUGCCUAUGCCUGGUGUUGGACAACUCAUAGCAUCAUGCUCUCCAGGACUAUCUUUUGGCAAAGGCCAUUCAUUAGGGGAACCAAAGCUGUUUCAGUGCCAAAUGAAGGCAUGAAGCCAGACUGGAAUAUGUCAAGAUGAUCAGUGCUAUCCAUGUUUGCCUGGAGUUGACAGACCCUCCCCCUUUCGAGCAGCCUGCCCCCAAAUGGAAGUGCCCAUGGGGUGCUCAAAGCAUGGUUCCAUAAGUACUCCUCCAUAUGAAGUAUCCAGCAAUGAGAAACUCACCCACUUACUUUAAGAAGAAUCUCCACAUCAAAGGAGCUGACUUCAAGGUUUUAGGUUUAUGUAUAUUUAUUUGAGAUGACCCAUUAGGUAUCCUAGUGCAAUUGUCAGACUGUCAUUUCCUGGAGUGCAUGAGAUGCCACUUGAGUUAAUGAAGGUAUCUUGUUUCUGAUUAGAUCCAACUUUCCCUGACCCAGUGCUCUCCAGGUAUCGGUGGGAUUGCAGCUCCUAUAAGCCCCUGCCAGCAAAGACAAUAGUUAGGAAUGAUGGGAGUUGUAAUCCAUCAACAUCUGGAGGGCACUAGGUUGGGGAAGGCUGGACUGGAGGGAUCACCAAAAUGCAUUUACCCGCUGGACGUGUGCAAUAUUCACAUAUAUCUGUGCUAGACUGUUGUGAUCUAAAACAGGGCUGUAGCCAUGUUAGACUCUGGCUCCCAUCAUUUCUUACCAUUGGCCAGGCUGACUGGGACUGGAGGGAGUUGGGAGCCCAGACCAGGAACAUCCCGUUAGCUAGAGGUUUGCUACUACUGGACUAAAAGAAUGAAGAACCACCAUUUUUUUGUAAAACCUUCCUGCCUGGUCUCCAGGAGGCAGCUCUUAUCUGCCACCAGUGGUCCAGUGCGCACCUUUUUACAAGCCCAAUUUCCUCCAGGGUAACUCAUCUCUAGACCCACGGAGCCUGGAGUACCAUGUGGUUCUCCGGACAGCUAUUCAUACAGAUUUUCACCUUCCAAACAGUCCUCUGAAGUGAACUGUUUUUUUAAUGCAACAAUACCUUUCUCAGUAUAGAGAUGCAGCUGCUUCGAGGGAGGAAACUUUGCCUUAUGGGAGGCUCUCUGUCAGGUGGAACAGCGCUGCACAGCUUGCGGUUUGCCCACUUGAAUGGACCCAAUCGAUGAUAUAUGGGGACUCACCGGGGGUUUGGCAAACCUCUUACGCUUGUCACCUGCCUGCAGCUGCAGAAACAGAGCUGCUGCUACGCAAGGCCGGUGGGUUGUGUUCAGUCUGGUGGUCUCACGGCUUUGGCAGGAGAAAUAGUCCCCUGUCCUGGCUCGACCAGCUCAUCCCUGCCCUCUCUUGUAUUUGUGUUCUGUAGGGAAGUUCAGAAAGCCGUAAAUGCAGCACGUGGGCUCUAUCAGCGCUGGUGUCAGCUGCUGCAGGAGACGCAGGUCAUCAGCAAAGAGGAAUUUGACUGGACUACUAAUGAACUACGCAACAGCUUGCGCAGCAUCGACUGGGACCUGGAGGACCUAGAGGAAACCAUAUAUAUCCUUUUGAAGCUGGGGCUGGAACAGCGUAUGGGGGGGGGUCCCUCUCCAGGGAAUUAUGUUGCAUCAUUUUUUAAACGCACUGUCUGCUGCUCGGAUGGUAGCAGCAGGCAAUAG